AGGCGUCCAUGUCCGAGCCGACGGCAGGAAGUGAAGAGUUCGGGCUCCUUUGGCGGGGCGUACGCUUGCGCAUAGGUCGGGUCAGAGGAAUCUUCGUUUUCGACACUGCUAGGAUAAUCAGGCAAAACAAAGAUGAGCUUCAUCUGUGGACUGCAGUUUGCUGCUAGAAACUGUGUUUUCUUCCGAUUGAAUUUACUGACCAGCUGGAGAAAAUGUAACACACAAGCUGUAACCUCACUGGACUGUCAUCAAGUGAAAAUUAACAAUAUAGUAAAUAAGUCUCUGGGCCUGGGAGUAAAUCAGGGUGAUAGAUGGACAUUUCUGCCUGAAAACUUUCAUUUCUAUAGGACUUUUAAUAACAAAAGAACAGGCUGCCUCUUGAGCACCAGAAGUAAGGAAAUUUGGAUGAUUACCCAAAAAUGUACUGCAUGGAAUAACUCUUUUUCAAGACAGCUACUGAUGAAAGACGUUCCAGUAGUUCCUGCUCUUUCAGUGGUGCAUCCUGUAAACUGUUUACCCACAAGAGACAUCAGGAGUUUCCAUACUUCUCCGCGGUUUCAAGCUGCUCCGGUUCCUCUCUUGUUGAUGAUUCUUAAACCAGUGCAGAAGCUACUGGCUAUCAUUGUGGGCAGGGGCAUAAGGAAAUGGUGGCAGGCACUUCCUCCUAACAAAAAGGAACUAUUUAAAGAAAGUGUAAGGAAGAAUAAAUGGAAGUUAUUCCUUGGUUUGAGUAGUUUUGGAUUGCUUUUUGUAGUAUUUUAUUUUACACACCUGGAAGUGAGUCCAGUCACAGGAAGGAGCAAGCUUCUGUUACUGGGGAAAGAACAUUUCAGACUUUUAUCAGAACUGGAAUAUGAAGCAUGGAUGGAAGAAUUUAAAAAUGAUAUGCUAACUGAGAAAGACGCCCGAUACGUGGCUGUUAAAGAAGUGGUUCAUCAUUUAAUUGAAUGCAAUAAAGAUAUUCCAGGGAUCUCUGAGAUCAAUUGGAUAAUUCACGUGGUUGAUUCCCCAGAUAUAAAUGCCUUUGUGCUUCCAAAUGGACAAGUGUUUAUCUUCACUGGGCUUUUAAAUAGUGUGACUGAUAUUCAUCAGCUAUCCUUCCUUCUGGGCCAUGAAAUAGCACACGCAGUACUUGAGCAUGCCGCAGAAAAGGCUAGCUUGGUUCAUUUCCUGGAUUUCCUAGGUCUGAUUUUUCUCACAAUGAUUUGGGCCAUUUGUCCUCGAGAUAGUUUGGCACUUUUGGGCCAAUGGAUUCAGUCUAAAUUGCAGGAGUUUAUGUUUGAUAGACCAUAUAGUAGAACACUGGAGGCUGAAGCUGACAAAAUUGGACUACAACUUGCUGCAAAGGCUUGUGUGGACGUCAGAGCCAGUUCAGUGUUUUGGCAACAGAUGGAAUUUGCAGAAAGCCUCCAUGGUCUUCCCAAGUUGCCAGAAUGGUUAUCUACACACCCUUCUCAUGGAAAUCGAGCAGAGCACUUGGAUAGACUCAUACCUCAGGCACUCAAAAUUAGAGAGACCUGUAAUUGCCCACCACUUUCUGGACCAGACCCUCGAUUACUGUUCAAACUCAGCAUGAAGAAUUUUCUUGAAGAAGCAGAGAAAGAAGACCUAAAUAUCACUGUUAAACCGAAAAUGGAUACUCUUCCCAUUCAAAACGAGAAGCAAAUACCAUUAACGUGUAUAGUUGAGAAAAGAACUGGCAGUUGAAUUAAAAUUUAUGAGACACCAGAUAUAUGAAGAAUGCAGUAAUCCUUACAUUUUCAUGUUACUUUUUAAAAAAUAUUGUUUGAAAUAAAAAAAUGGGUACUCAGGGUCAAAUCAUGUAUAUUACAGGUAUUAUCUAAAUUCUUAUACUAGGUAUUUAUUUUUCAUAAAAUAUUGAUAUAUUUUAAUCUAUUUUAAAAUAUCUUCAAUGAGGAAAAUGUCACAGAAUAAAUUUAUAUUACACAUUUUACUCUGUUGUAUACUUUUGAUUUGGAAGGCAGAACUCUAGUGGAUGAAAAAUCAGAAUAUCAGAAUGUGCAGUAAUUGUUACUGUCGAGAGGGUUCCAGCUGAGCCUAAACUGAAUUUCAGAGUCCGGGUGGUUAUGAUGAACUGGGAAACUGACAGUCUGAAAUAUGCAAAAAUUGGUUUGCAUUAGCGUGGGAUUAUAUGGAAUAGGGGACCUUGAGAUAGAGAGAUUCCUGGUCCUUGCUUAUGGCCGAUGAGGGAUUAAGAAGAAGCUGAAGAGGCUUUUUUCAUACGGAGGCACAAGUAGUGCUGUUUGUGGUCCAAGUGGCCAAGGGAGAAAAUGGGGAGAGAGGAUCAUCUUCUGCAUACAUAGUGUGCUUGUGUUGCAUUGAAGUCUUAACAGGAAGUCAUGUCAUCUUGGCCUCUUGACGGUAUUAGUUUGGGUAUCUCUAGGGUUCUCAGAGAAGACAACCACCGUAUUCUCACUGAGGGUCACCAGGAGACGCAGGGGCGAGGCGUGGCCCCCAAGUUGAUCUUCCUGGGCAGCAGACAUCGACAAAGGGCUGAAUGAAGAUGAGAGAAGCACAAGACACAUCCCUAGUGAUACCCAGAAAUUACUGUAUUAGUUAAAUGUGGAAAUAAGUUUUAAAAAUGUAUUAGUAUUUAUGUAUUAUUAGUACUCCCAAGCUGGUGAAGUCCAGUGAUGUUGAGGUUAUAUUUCUAAGACAGACAUUUUUCUUAUAAGUCAUUAAAUCAAAUAAAUCAUUUCUUAGAAUUAAAGGGAAAUAAACUACCUUUUAUUGAGUUUCUACUAUGAGCUGUGCCCAUGUAUUACACAACCCUGUGAAGUAGGUUUUAUUGCAGGCAUACCUCAGAGAUACUGUGGGUUCGGUUCCAGACCACUGAAAGAAAGCGAAUAUCACAAUCAAGUGAGUCGCAAAUAUUUUGGCUUCCCAGUGCAUAUAAAAGUUAUGUUUAUACUAUACUGUAGUCUAUUAAGUGUUCAAUAGCAUUACAUCUAAAAAACAGUGUACAUACCUUACUUAAAAAAUAAUGCUGUUGGGAAACUGUGACUUUGUAAAAAAUUUGUAAAAAACACGAUAUCUGUGAAGUGCAAUAAAGUGAAGCACAAUAAAACAA